UGAAACAAAUACGACCCAACAGAAUAAAUACAGGUGUGUCUGUAACAUCAGUCGGACUCUUCACUUGGACCUUCUAACAUGCUCCGCUUCAGACUCAGCAGCACAUUGUUGCUGGCAGCAACCUGUUUGCUCACAACAGCAGGUAAAUAUCUGAGUCAAUGCAGUAUAUAUUUUUACAUAUGUACCUUUAGCACACUUCAACUAAUCCCUUCAUAUGUGUACAAUCUGUUAGUUGUAUCCACAGAAAGAAUUAUCACCUGUGAUGACGGCUACAGUGUCCAACACCUGAGCUGUGAGACCGGAGUGAUCAGUGUGGAGGAAGCUCUGUAUGGACGAGCAGACACUGAGACCUGCAGCGAGGGAAAACCUCCAAACCAGCUGUCUAAUACAAAGUGCUCCCAGCGCGGCACUGUGGACAUCCUCAGGAAAAGGUGUGAUGGCAAGAAGGUGUGUGAACUAAACACAAAUGUCGUCCGUAUUUCUGAUCCCUGCAAUGGCAUCUUUAAAUAUUUAGAGACCAACUACACCUGCUUCCCAGCAAUUCACCUUGUUGUAUGUGAGUACUCUUUGGCACACCUUCAAUGUGAUGAAGGUCAGGUUUUAUUUGUUUACGGUGCUGAUUAUGGACGCCGCGACCAUACCACAUGUUCCUACCAACGCUCACCUGCUCAGGUCCGAGAUACCUACUGCUCCAAUCCUGCGAGCAAAGUCGGUGAAAGCUGUAACGGGAAAAACAGCUGCACUGUCAGAGCCAGCAACUCAGUGUUUGGGGACCCCUGUGUGGGCAUCAGCAAGUACCUGGAGGUGGCGUACAUGUGUCAAUAUCCUAUGCUUCGCUUCAGACUCAGCAGCUCUCUGUUGCUGGCAGCGGCGUGUUUGCUAGUGAAAACAGGCCUCUCUAGAGCACAGCCUGUCUUCCCCCCCACCGCUGUGUCCACAGAGAGAGUUGUCACCUGUGAUGGCUUACACAACGUCCAGCACCUGAGCUGUGAGACCGGAGUGAUCAGCGUGCAGACGGCUCUGUAUGGACGAGCAGAUGCCGAGACCUGCAGCGAGGGCAGACCUCCAAACCAGCUUGCUAAUACAGAGUGCUCUCUGCACGGCACUCUGAACGUCCUCAAGAAAAGAUGUGAUGGCAAGAGGGUUUGUGAACUAAACAUAAACGUGGUUCGUACCUCUGAUCCCUGCCAUGGCAUCUAUAAAUACCUGGACACCACCUUCGCCUGCUUCCCAGCAAUCCGAAGUGUCGCAUGUGAGAGCUCUGUGGCACAGCUGCAGUGUGAUGAAGGGCAGGUUUUAUUUGUCUACGGAGCUGAUUAUGGACGUCGUGAUCAGACCACAUGCUCUUACCGACGACCUGCCUCUCAGAUCCAAAACGUCCUCUGUUCAAAACCCACAAGCAAAGUUGCUGAAAGCUGUAACGGGAAAAGCAGCUGUGCUGUCAAAGCCAGUAACUCAGUGUUUGGAGACCCCUGUAGAGGCACCUACAAGUACCUGGAGGUGGCUUACAGAUGUCAAUGUGAGUGA